AUGAGCCCAGAGACCCAUAACCCAGGGGCUCCCCACCCCCUUGGCGGGGCCCCUACAGAGCCACAGGGCCCAAGCCCCACGAAGCAGCCGCCAGGAGUGAGCCAGCACACACCGGAGCAUCCAGCCCCAGACACCGAGGACCACCAACGCACCAGCGAGUCAAGGGGCCAGUCAAUGGAGGGGAGGGAGAUUUGUUCCUUUAAGAUCUUUGGUCAGGAUGCCCCAUUUGAGGCAGUGGUGUUGAAUCGUACAUCAGGAGAAGGAGUCCUGAAAGCCAGCGGCCAUGUGGACUGCGAGAGCCAGAAAGAGUACACCUUUAUCAUCCAGGCUUACGACUGCGGAGCUGAGCCCAGUGGAGCUAACUGGAAAAAAUCUCACAAGGCCGUUGUUCACAUUCAGGUAGAUGAUGUCAACGAGUUCAGCCCUGUGUUCAGAGAGUCACUGUACAAGGCAUCAGUGACUGAAGGAAAGAUCUACGACAGCAUCUUACAGGUGGAAGCUUGGGACCAGGACUGUUCACCACAGUAUAGUCAGAUCUGCAACUAUGAAAUUGUCACUGGGGGAACACCGUUUGCCAUAGACCGCAAUGGUAACAUCAGAAACACAGAGCGACUAAGUUAUGAAAAGCAGCAGAGCUACAGGAUUAUGGUGUCUGCCUUUGACUGCGGUCAGAAGAAAGCCGAAGAGGACGUGGUGGUACAUAUUGAAGUCAAGCCUGUCUGCAAACCUGGAUGGCAAGGCUGGAGCAAGCGAGUGGACUACGAGCCGGGGACCGGAAGCAAACAGCUCUUUCCCAAAAUGCACCUGGAAACGUGCGGAGGUCCCUUGUCUGGUGUAAAGGCCAUGGUGGAGCUGCAGACGAAUCACAUUGGAAAGGGCUGCGACCGUGAAACGUACUCUGAAAAGUCUUUGCAGAAACUUUGUGGCGCAGCAUCAGGCAGCACCGACCUCCUUCCUGCUCCCAGCCCCUCCGCAAACUGGACCGCGUCUCUGCUCACUGACAGUGGACGUGAGAGCGACCUAAUCUACAGGUUUGACGGGUACCAGGCUGCAAAUGUUCCCGCGCACGUGGUGCCCCAAAACCUGACAGACCAGUUCACCAUAGCAACAUGGAUGAAACACGGGCCGAGUCCAGGGCUUAGAGCUGAGAAGGAAACCAUACUGUGCAACUCUGACAAGACAGAGAUGAACCGCCACCACUACUCUCUGUACGUUCACAACUGCCGCUUGGUGUUCCUGCUCAGAAGAGAUUUCACUCUGAUCGACUCUUACCGACCCGCUGAGUUCCACUGGAAACUGGAGCAGAUCUGUGAUAAGGAAUGGCACUACUAUGUGAUCAACGUGGAGUUUCCUGCAGUGACGCUCUACGUAGACGGUGUGACCUAUGAGCCAUACCUGGUGACGGAUGAUUGGCCGAUCCAUUCUUCAAAGAUUGAUACACAGCUGACUGUGGGUGCCUGCUGGCAAGGCGGUGAGGUGGCAACGCCGCGGUUCACUCAGUAUUUCCAUGGCAGCCUCUCGGGUCUGACGAUUCGACCAGGCCGCAUUGAAACCCAGAAGGUUAUCUCCUGCUUGCAGGCCUGCAAAGAAGGCCUCGACAUUAACUCCCUUGAAAGCCUUGCAAAGGAUAUAAAGUUUCACUUUAACCCAGCCCAGUCAGUGUUGGUGGUGGAAGGAGAGGACGUGGACAGCAUCAAUACAGCCAUGACCAAAGUCUCCUACAUCAACUCUCGCCAGUUCCCCACACCGGGCCUCAGGCGGCUGCACAUCUCCACGUCUGUACAGUGUUUUGGAGAGGACACAUGUGUCUCCAUCCCAGACAUCAAGGCAGUGGUCAUGGUGCUGCCACCAAGUGAACCCAGAAUCACCAUUUCAGGAUCCAAGCAGCUCAUCAGACCCGCCAGUGACCUCCGCAGCCCGCUGGGCGUGGCGCCCUUCAGGGAUCUUCGGAUCACCAGCACAGUGAUGAAGGGCGACAGCUUUGGUGGAUUCCGCCGGCCAGGGGUGAUGGAGGUGAUGCAUAACCUGGACUACUGUGAUGUGCUUGUGAUCGGAGAGGAGCUGGAACCAGAGAGAGAGAGCCUAGAGAUCCACCACAGUGCUUUAUUGGGAAAACACCUUGAUGCCACUAACUCCACCUCUGGGAUAUCAAUAUAUGGUGUGGACUCCAUGGCCCACUAUGAACAGGUUCUGAGACAGCUACGCUACAGAAACUGGAAACCCGCCUCGCUGACGGAGAGACGGUUCCGACUUACCUGCUCUGAGCUUAAUGGGCGUUAUACCAGCAAUGAGUUCAAUCUGGAGGCAAGUGUUCUUCACCACACGGCGCCCAUGGAGCAUGUCAACCACAUGGCUGCCCAGUCCCAGUACAUGAGACCCGUCCAUCAUCCUCUUAUGAUCCACAACCCUAACUCACACAUGUCAGGUCCAGCUCCUCCUGCAGCCACGGUUGUCAUUGUGGUUUGUAUCAGCGCCCUGGUGAUCAUUGUGGUGAUCGGCAUCUACAGGAUCCACGCCACACACCAGGAAGGGUCCAGAGAUGAUGAGGACGAAAUCAAAGAUCCAGAGUCAGACUGGGAAAGCGCUGGACUCAACAUCACGGUCAAUCCCAUGGAGGCCAUAAGAGGACCCCAGGCACCGGGAGAAGCUGUGAGAGGAGAAGAAUGUGAGGAGGAGGAGGAUGAAGAAGACGAUGCUGAGCUGGUGGGAGCAUGACGAUCGUUGAAUCAGAAAGCAGCGAUUGAAGAGGAAGAAGAGGGAAUUAAAGGAAGGGAAGAGGUUAACGGGAGGAAGCAGAAGGGAAAGCCUGAGUGGGACAGUUCACGUGUAACAUACUAAGCACACACACACAAAAAUACUCCUGCAUACACACACGCACACACACCGUGGCUUUAUUUCUCUCAACUACACACACACACAUACACACACACACACAUAGACAUAAAUUCUCUGAUAAAAUGAAUAACAAUCUUUUGCUGGAAAAAAUACACAGACUCCUCCCAUGUUGCCGUUUUUGAAGAAAUCUCGCCCCCUGCUGGACAAAGUAAAACAUGCAGUAUCAUUUAGUCAGCUGAAGCGCCACAGUGCUGGAAAUCAUUGUCCAAGGUGUUUCGUCAUUAUUCACGCCACAGUCAGUGAGACAUUUACACACACAUAAAAUAUGCACUUAUGUCAUUUCAUCUUCAGCGUAU